CAAACACUUCUUCUCCAACAAAACAAACUUGUUUGUUAGACAAAACAUGAAUUUCCGGGGAGGUUGUUGUAUUGCGAGGUACGGUGGUAGUGGUGGUGGAAAUGAUAUGUCGAAGGUUGAUCGGAUUAUGCUCCGGUACCGUCCGAUUGCACCGAGACCUGAUUCUGGUGGAUCUCCUGCUUCACCGACGGAGAAGAAUGGAUCGGUGAUAACUAACGUUUCGUCGAGAUCACGGAGAGGUAAGAGAAAAUAUUCAAAGGAGAAUAAUAGUAGCAGUACCGGAUCCGUUAAUAGUAACGGUAACAGCAAACGACAGAGAAACGAUGAGACGAAGAACGGAUCUGGUGGUGGUAGAGAGAUCGUGACGUUGCCUCUUCUUCCAGAGACUCCUGAGAAGAAAGACUCGCCGUUGAAGGCUAAGGCGGCGCCGGAGUUAGGUGCGGCGGCGUUGUGGCUGAGUUUUAAUGACGGAGCUAGUUAUAACAGACGUUAUCAGACAGAGUUAAUGACGGAAACGGUUGUGUCGUCGUUGUUGACGGUGGAGUGUGUAACGGAGAGAUUGAUGGAGGGAGAGUAUGAGUUAGGGUGUACGGACGAGGAGAGGAAGAUGAAUCUUGAGAGAGACACGUGUCCUGGUUUUAUAUCGGACGGUUUAGGGAGAGUCAUUUGGACGAACGGUUCUUACAGAGAGUUGGUGGUUGGGAAAGAUCAUGAGCAGUGUAGUAAGAUGAGUGUGUGGCUUGUGAUGAAGGAGAAGCCUUUGGUAACGUACCGGACUUUUACGUGUAGAAUGAGAUUGCAGUACACGUGUCGUGAUAAGGAGGUGAGUUCGAUUACUUCGUUCUGUGAUGUUUGGAGGAUGAGUGACGGUGGCUUUGCGUGGCGGCUUGAUGUUGAUGCUGCACUUUGCCUUGGACGGUGAGGAUUGGGCCGUUGGAUUAGAGAUGAUGUUAGAUUGAUGAGAUGAGGAUAUUUAAUAACGACAUGCAAGUUAGAUAGAUAUUUGGACUUCCAACUUUAUGAGUGUACAUACAUAUUUCGCAAUUUUGUAGCUUUUAAGUUUUAACAUUUUGAUUUCAAUGUUCUGUUUUAAUUUGUAGUGUUUGGUGUUUUAUUCUUCUUCUUUUUUGGGGUUUGUAUAAAAACUCUUGGUUAGUCGGUAUCUUUCUUUUUUCUAGUAUUGUGCUUUGUAGGAUUAUGGAAUUAGUACUUAGGUGAGGAUCUUAUGUUUAAUCACACAAUGGAAUGCAUUAAAUUUUUUGCUUA